AGGAGAAUCGCUGGUGCUACCGCUGUUGGUACCGCCGGUACCAUCACAACCAGCUCCGGUACCACCACAACCAGCUCCGGUACCACCACAACCAUCGCUGGUACCGCAGUUAUCGCCGGUACCACCGUGAGCACCUCCGGUACCGCCACUACCGGUGUACCCUUGUCACCGGUACCGGAAGUACCAUCAGCACCGGUACCACCGAUACCGGCACUCGCAUCACCGCCGGUACCGCCUGUACCUACAGUAGCACCUCCAGUACCGUCAUCAGAACCAUCGGUACCGCCACCACCGGUACCACCGUUGCCAGUACCAUCGGUGCAGCUGGUGUCACUGUUGGCGGUACCACCAGCACCGGUACCAUCGGUAUCAGUGCUCCCAUCGCCACCGGUACCACCAGUACCACCGGUACCAGUACCACCGAUCCCAUCAUCCGCAGCACCGCCGGCACCAGUACCACCAGUGCCACUGGUACCACCAGUCCCACCAUUGUCAGCACUGGUGGCACCGACACCGGUACCGUCAGCACCACCGGUACCACCCGACCCGUCAUUGGCAGCAGCACCGACACCACCAGUACCAUCAGACCCAUCACUGAUAGCACCACCGGAACCAGUAUCGUCAGUGCCAUCAUUGCCAGCUCCACUGGUACCACCGGGUCCAUCAGUGCCAGACCUACCAGAACCAGCUCCACUGGUACCACUGGGUCCAUCAGUGCCAGCCCUACCAGAACCAGCUCCACUGGUACCAUCGGAUCCAUCAUUGCCAGCCCUACCAGACCCAUCAUCGACAGCACCACCAGAACCAUCAGUGCCAUCAUUGACAGCGCCACUGGUACCACCGGAUCCAUCAUCGACAGCACCACCGGAACCAGUCCCAUCAGUCCCAUCAUUGACAGCCCUGCUGGUACCAUCGGCCCCACCAUUGCCAGCCCUACCGGAACCAGCCCCACUGGUACCACUGGGCACAUCAUCAACAGCACCACCGGAACCAGCCCCAUCAGUCCAAUCAUUGACAGCCCCACUGGUACCACUGGGCCCAUCACUGGCAGUCCUACCAGAACCAGCCCCAUUGAUAACACCGGAUCAAUCAUUGCCAGUUCUACCGGAACCAGCCCCAUUGGUACCACCGCGCCCAUCAGUGCCAGUCCUACCAGAACCAGUACCAUCAGUCCCAUCAUUGACAGCCCCAUUGGUACCACUGGGCCCAUCUUUGACAGUCCUACCAGAACCAUCCCCAUUGAUAACACCGGAUCAAACAUUGCCAGCCCUACCGGAACCAGCCCCAUUGAUAACACCGGAUCAAUCACUGACAGCCCUACCGGAACCAGCCCCAUUGGUACCACCGGAUCCAUCAGUGCCAGUCCUACCAGAACCAGUACCAUCAGUCCCAUCAUUGACAGCCCCACUGGUACCACUGGGCCCAUCACUGGCAGUCCUACCAGAACCAUCCCCAUUGAUAACACCGGAUCAAUCAUUGCCAGUUCUACCGGAACCAUCUCCAUUGAUAACACCGGAUCCAUCAGUGCCAGUCCUACCAGAACCAGCCCCAUUGAUAACACCGGAUCCAUCACUGACAGCCCUACCGGAACCAGCCCCAUUGGUACCACCGGGCCCAUCAUUGCCAGCCCCACCGGUCCCACCAGCCCCAUCACAGACAGCCCCACUGCUACCACCGAACCCAUCAUCACCAGCCCUACCAGAACCAGCCCCACCUCUACCACCAGCCCCACCAUUGCCAGCUCCACCGCUCCCACCGGCGCCAUCGCCAGCCCGCCCCCUUCCCCACCCCCCUCCCGGGGGGCCGGCCAUGCCCCCCACCCCCCAGGCCCUAUGUACGGCCCCGAAUGCCACGCGGAGGUGACGCCGUCCCCGCAGGGUCACCGCUCAUUCCGCUACGCCCUGCAGGAGCACCCGCGCCAGGCCUUGGCCGUCAUGAACCAACUGCGGCUCAGCCGGCAGCUCUGCGACGUCACCCUGCGCGUCCGCUACGGCGACGGCCCCCCCACCGACUUCCCGGCUCACAAAGUGGUCUUGGCUUCCUCCAGCCCCGUUUUCAGGGCCAUGUUCACGGCGGGGCUGAGGGAGCAAGCCAUGGAGGUGGUGCCCAUCGAAGGGGUGCACCCGCGGGUGAUGGAGAGGCUGCUGGAGUUCGCCUACACGGCGUCCAUCUCGGUGGGGGAGCGCUGCGUGCUGCACGUGAUGAGCGGGGCCGUCAUGUACCAAAUCGACAGCGUGGUGCGCGCCUGCUGCGACUUCCUGCUGCAGCAGCUCGACCCCAGCAACGCCAUCGGCAUCGCCAACUUCGCCGAGCAGAUCGGCUGCACCGAGCUGCACCAGCGCGCCAGGGAGUACAUCUACAUGCACUGUGCUGAGGUGGGGUGGUGGAGGGAUGAGUUAUGGGGGGCCUGGGGGGAUGUGGGGGUCCUGGGGGGGUCCCGAGGGACAUGGUGAUGCCAUAAAGCCAUUGGCAGUGCCAACGUUGCCAAACAGAUCGGCUGCACUGAGCCGCACCAGUGCACCAGGGAGUGCAUCUACAUGCACUUUGCUGAGGUGGGGUGGUGGAGGGAUGAGUUCUGGGGGUCCUGGGGGGAUGUGGGGGUCCUGGGGGACAUGGGGACCUCACAGCGCCAUCGGCAUUGCCAGCUUUGCCAAGCAGAUUGGGAGUUGCCACCGGGAUAGGAGUGAUGGCAGUGAGAUGGGGGUUGGUGUCACCAGGACACCAGUGAUGGUAAUGGCACAGGGGUUGGUGUCACCAAACUGCGAGGCGUUGGGUUGGGUGUCACCAUAUGAAGGCAUUGGGUCGGUGUCACCAUAUCAAGAGGGGUUGGGUUGGGUGUCACCAAACGGCGAGGCGUUGGGUUGGUGUCACCAUAUGAAGGCAUUGGGUUGGUGUCACCAUAUCCAGAGGUGUUGGGUUGGUGUCACCAUAUGAAGGCAUUGGGUCAGUGUCACCAUAUCCAGAGGUGUUGGGUCGGUGUCACCAUAUGAAGGCAUUGGGUUGGUGUCA